CCUGAUGCUGGAUCUCACAGCCUGACCCAUUUAGAGGCUCAGAAAGGGGGAAAUCAGGCUGAGCAGAGAGUGGAGAAAGGAAUCAUCAGCAGCCGUCAGUCAAGCCAAUGCCAACUGCCCAGUGGCUCUGAGGGCUGGUUUGCUUUUUAUUCGAUCCUCCGGACUAUAGUGAGUUGACCUGCUGAGAGAUGAAGGGGCUGACUGUGGCGUCCAGAGGAGCAAUCAAAGUCGGGGAACUGGAGAAGCGGAGCGAGAGCCUGCUGCAGCUGUGGAAAAAGAAGCAGUGCACGCUGACCAGAGAGAGCCUGCUGCUGGCUGAUGGCGACGGCAAGGGCUGCCGGUGCAAGGAACUGAGCUUCGACACUAUCCGCAAGCUGGAGUGCGUGGAGAGGAAAGGCGCCCGCGUCUACUUCACCAUCGUGACCACCGACUGGCGGGAGAUCGACUUCCGGUGCGAGGAUGCUAGCUCCUGGAACGCCGCCAUCACCCUCGCCCUGGUGGCCUUCAAGAACGAGCGGGCGGUGAGGGAGUUCCACGCGAGGAAGCCCGUCAAGAGGUGGCGGGGGUGGGCUGCGUGAGACUGCAAGCUAAACUGAUUCUCAAAGCAACAUCAGCGUUGGGACCAAUUGUGAAUUUUUGGCUCCAUGUCUCAAAGCUGCAGGAUCCCAGAGGCUCAGAUUUUUCGCAGCUAGGACCCCCACCUCCCUCACCCUGACCUGCCCAAUUUGACAGUGAGCUGGAACCUCUCACCAGAAUGGAAUGAAUUGGGAAUAAUGACUGAUCCUCCCUGCAAACCCUGUGCAGAAGAAAGUGAGUUGACCCCAUUCCUUUUAUUUGACAUGUGAGAGUCAGAUUUGAAACACCUUGUUUUAUCCUCAUGUCCAUUAGAACAACAGGAUUAGGUAAAUCCAACUCAGAAGCAGCCACCAACAUCAGCCCAGAGCUACAAUGGAAUUUCCAGGAAUUAAAUCCAGGAAACAGCAGUGAAAUUGAACAGAAGAAAACAUGUUUUCAUUUUCUUUAAACACUUUCGUUGUAAAAAUAUCAGAAGUGGGAUGAUUGAUGGACAGUCAAGAGUCAACCAAUCAUUUUCGCUUUGGCAUUUCAGUUGGUCCAUGGAAGGCGGGACAUUGCAAGGAUGGAUAUGCUGGGUGACCAAUGGUGGGUGGAUGAGGGGCGGGCUCUUGGAUACAAGAGAUCGUGGUGAAAGCUCCAGGAAUAUUCCCAACCAGAGUUGGCAACUGAGGAUCAGCAUACCUGGAAGCUCUUGAGGAUUGAUUCAGAGCCUCUGGGAAAAUAAUCUCUUGGAGGCCUUGGCCGCAAAGCCCGGAACAGCCUGUGUAGAGCAAACCUUUGGUCUACCAAGCUGCAGUCUGUUGUUGGCACGGGCACAUCUGCCAUCCAGAGGUGUGCACUGCCUGUGUCAAUAAGCACCUGCAGUUUGAGAACUCUUGGUGUGCGUCCACUGGGAAAUCUCGCUAGCAAUGGCUCAAUCAGUCAGUGAUGUCAGUGCAAUGUUGAGUCAGAAUGCCUCAAGAGCAUACCAGUAAUGAAUGCAUUCUUGCUCCCACUGGGCCUUUCCAUCCUGCCUGUGUAUUAUUGACAGCUCCCGCUGCCCCGCCCCCGUUCACAUUCAGUAGACCUUCCAACUUUGUGUGGGUUCCUGCAGGCUGAGCCUAUUGGUGGAGCUGGUUGCGAGGUGGUUCUUCCCUCCCAUUGAUUUUUGCUAUAGCUCUCGGUUUAACUUAUUUAUUGUGUGCCUGCCUACCGUUAAUAAAAGUAAAUCGUAUGUCA